AUGGAAAGCGAAAACGAAAGUAGCGAGACUUGGGAAGUCCCCAUCAUGCUCAGUCCGGAUUACGAGGAGCUUGCCAGAUUCAAUCCAUUUUUUGACAAGAUCAUGGAUCUAUGGAGUAAAUCCGCAAUGAUCACGAACACAAUGAAUUCCUCGGAUGCCUCGGCGAGUACCUCUCCAUCGCAGUCCAUGGACUCCGGAAAUGAUUCUUCCUUCAACCAUCGCCAAUCAUCCACAUCCCCUUUGUUGAACGAAUAUCAAUCUCGCCUUGAGCAGCAUGUAUCAGAGCAGUCCCGCGUGGAGCUGCAUCACUCCGGGCGUCUUGAGUCGGACUGCAUGGAUUCUUCUUCAAUUGAAGCUCCCCUAGGACCGAUGAAAACCUCGCACAAGAAGCUCUUUGGUGAAAACGGCUGGCUUGGAUGUACCGCCGACAUGAAGGAUCUGCCCAGUGACACGAAAAUGUUCAAGGGCUUGAGAGGAUUCGGCAGGAAGAUCAAGAAGCAAGUGGAGGAGCUCGCGGAGGAGAUGGCCAAGGCACAUCCAAACCCUCUCAUCCAUGUGAGCCUGCGCCCAAGGAUCGUUCCCGAGUCGACCAUCCCCAUCUCGCUAGACCCUCCGACCCAAGCCAAGCUAUACUCGGAGAUGGAAGUCAUGAUAUGCGUCACCGCGAACAAGUUCCUCCUGGAUCAGUACAAUGAAGGUCGCCUCUCCGAAGAAUCGAUCCGAAAAGUCACCAAGUACUGGGGCUCGAAGAACAGGCCUCAGGUUAUCGAGUUCCAGUUCGACCAGGCCACCCAGCGGCGACUGAUUAUGUCUAACAUCCGAACUCUGCGUUUCAGCGGAGAAUUUUCGACCAACCCGGUUCUUCUCAAGUCGAACCUUAAUAAUUGGAAGGCAGUCAGUAAGGAAAUGAGCGUCCGCACCUUCUGUGCUCCUGACAGCGCCAUCCGCAAGCACAUGCACGACAUCCACAAGAUUCUCGAUAUGCUGGAUGCGCCGCUUGUCACCUACAUCACAUUUGAGGAGCUCCAGAUGCGGACUCUGUCUCUCAUGAAGGCAUACCUGGAGAAGCUUUGCCAGGCCGACGGUGGUAAUUCGAAGUUGUCUCGAUCAAGUCGGAACUACGGAAGACAUCUUUCGAUGGCAUACUAA